AUCUUUGUCUCCGUCAGGAUUGUUUUGAGUCGUCGCAGACUACAUUUUCGUCGUAUACCUCACCACAUCUGUGAGCUUGUUUUCAUCGGGGACUGCGCGCUGCACCAGAGACAUUAGCGUCGAAGUAGUUGUGAAUUAUUAUUAUCGUCGUCAUCAUUGAAUCAGACGCCGUAGAAGGGAUUCGUCGUAGAGGACAUUGAACUGUUGCUGCCAGAUUGACUGCACUCUUGCCACUUUAGAACUCAUUCGUCGAAGAGGAACCUGAGCCGUUACUGUCUGCCUUGAGGAACUGUGGAACCUGAAGUUUGAAUGAACCGAUAUCGUCACCUUCAGAGAACAUUACACUGUGUGUUUGGUGAUUGCAACACUGUGCCAGGAGUUGAUCUACACUUGAGCUGUAAACCGAUAUCGUCACCUUCAGAGAACAUUACACUGUGUGUUUGGUGAUUGCAACACUGUGCCAGGAGUUGAUCUACACUUGAGCUGUGAACCGAAGCCAUCCAGAUUGCCAGGACGGAGGAGCCUGAACUGACCUCUGACCCUUGUGUGAUACUUGUUGGCCGAAAGGGAUUUCAAUAUAAAAGAUAAGUUUAUUUUUCCUUCUAUUAGUCUGUUUAAAAUAGAUUCUGUAGGACUCAGUGGCCACUUGCUAGUUUAUUGCUACCAGGUUAAAUCAGGGUGAACCGGGAGUGUUCUUAAAAUUGGGUAUUUACUAGCAAGGAGCCCACGUAAACGUAUAGUUGUCUAAUUGUCUUGUAUGUAAACGUGAAUCAUUUCUUUCUUUUUUUUUUUGUAUAAGUCUCGUACCGUUUUAAACUAUUGUAUCACUCUUGUUUCUUAUCUUUCUAUCAGACGAAAGUCUCAUCUUUCAUAGAUUUAUUUGGUGUAUAUAUUUAUUUCUUUAUUCAAUUAAUUAUUCUGUGUGAUAAUCUACGUAUUGAUAAAGUAGGCUACAUUUAUUUAGCUUUAUCGAGUAGUAAUCUAGAUCUAAGGUGAGUCUAGACAAUUAGCAGUACACUAUUCUCUAUGUAAGAAACCAGUGUUUUAACGUAAGAAUCUCGGUAGUUAGCCGAUUGAUGUAAAGGGUUGGUCAUUGAAAAGUUUGAGUAUAUUAUUAGUACUUAGAAAUGUUUCUAGAUCUUAUGUCAGUGUACAUUUAGACUAGUUGGUGUAUUGGUUGGAUAUAUAUGUGAAGUACAUUGAUGUUAAUGUGAGUUUAUUGAGUAUAUAAGUAAGUUGUCACAAAACAGUUUUGUUGACAUUAUAGCGAAAAGUUGAGUGUUAUACAGUAUAUUGGAAAGAAUAAUACUUUUUAUCAGUUGAUCUAAUAAGUACCGUUACUAUAUAUAGAAAUAGUGUUGUGUAAGAUUAUAAUAGUAACAUAUUGGCUACAGCUCCAAGAGAUUAUAUGGAGACUUUUCGCCAGCAAAUUAUUGCUGAGGCUAAACAACUAGAACUUAAAGGCAAGGACCUAACUGGUUAUGUACAACAAAUGGUGAAUAUAUAUAGAGAGAGAAUUGAUAAAUUAGAAAUGGAAAAGGCUAAACUAGAAACAGAGCGUAGAGAGAAAGAAAGAGAUAGGGAAGCACAAUUAAUAAAAGAAGAGGCAGAUAGAAAAUUACAGUAUGAUUUAGAGAAAUUGAGGUUAGAUGCUGAAUUGAAGAAACAAAAUACAAAUACUUAUAAGACUAGCAAUGAUAAUAACACAAAUGAUAGGCCUACUGUUCAGAGUGAAAACAUAAACAAUAGUAAUAGUACAAGUAAUGGUAAUAACAUGAAUGAAAAUAGAGAUAAUCAAAGUACUAAUCAUUGGCUGAGAAAGAAACUGCAGCCCUUUCAGGAAGAUAAAGACAGUAUUUCAGAUUAUUUAAAGCGUUUUGAGAUCAAAAUGAGCAGUUGUAACAUAAGAGAAAGUGAAUGGUCUCAAAUCUUACUUGAUUUUGUUCAAUUAACUAUUUGUCAGAACCAUGAUCAUACCAUUCAGAAUAGUUAUGAUACAUUAAAGAAAGAGCUUCUUAAUGCCUAUGGUCAUAAUGCCAGUACAUUUAGGAAAAAAUAUUUUGAAAAUUUUCCUAGUAGUCAGAUAGAUCCUCAAACAACAGUAAAUCUUGAAAAAGAUUAUUUCUGUAAAUGGAUGUCAUUUGAGCAAAUAGAUCAAAGCUAUGAGGGACUUAAAAACUUUAUUUUGAUAGAUAACUUUACAAACAAAUGUGAAUCUCAGUUACAGUCAUUUAUACAAGAGAGAAAACCACAAACUUUAGAGGACAUAGUUACUAUUAUGAGAACCUACAGCAAUGCUUAUCCUAAUUCAUUUUCAGAGAAGGACAAGAAACAGGUUGAUUUUGUAGGAUAUAGUAAAGAAACUAAGAAUAAAGUUAGACAUGAAAGCAGAAAUGAUAGAAAUAGAGAUAAUACAAACUAUAGAGAGAUCAUCUGUUUUAAUUGUCAAGGUAGAGGACAUAAUGCUGCACAUUGUAAAAAAGUGAAGUACAAUAGAUCAGAAAAUAGGGACAGUUACAGGAAACAGAGUAGGAAAGUUGAGUUGAAAGAGAACAGAAACAGAAAUAACACAAGUAGAGUGUAUUUCACCAAUGAUAGGGACAGUAGAGAAAGUAGUGAAAGUGAAGAAGUAGAAGAGAUGAACUAUUGUUGGGGUGUAGAAGAAAUACAUUUUGCAGAAGAUGAAACCAAUAGAGUGAGAGUACACUCUGGUUUUAUAAAUGGGAAACCUAUGAGGUUUGUAAAAGAUUCUGGAUGUAGUACAGUUGGAAUUAGAGUAACUUAGUUAAACCAGAUUGUUUCUUAGGAUAUGAGAAAAAAGUAAGGUUGAUAGAUGGCAGUAUAAAGCCCUAUCAAGCCUGUAGAGUUUUCUUAGAAACACCAUUUUAUACUGGUUAUUGUAAAGGUUUAGCAAUACCAGGAUUGUCUCAUGAUUUGCUUUUAGGCAAUAUACAUGGACUAAAGGAACUGACUCAAAGAGAGAUUGAUAGCUGGAAUAGAAGACAUGAAUACAAAAUGAGACAAAGAAAUUCUAAUGGAAAAUGACAUGAAGUUGUGAUGCUUCUUGAUGAUCUUGAAGAUGGACAGUGAGAUGGACAGUGAGAUGGUACUUGGCAUCGUAAACAACAUUAUUGUGACGUGAUGAACCUUAUCUUGUACAACGUAGUAGCUUGAACCUUGUACAGCGUAACUUGUGGUAACUACAACGUGAUGUUUCGUACUCAUGGACUGUUACACUAUGUGCAGAAAGGUUACCACUUUGAACUAUGUGUCACAUCACGUACCGCACUCAACAGAAGUCUUAGUAUUGAACUGUGUAUCACGUCAGAUACCUCACUCAGCAGUAAUCUUGUGUCAGAGACUAUAUUGACUUUUAAAAGUUGUGUUUUACAGUGACAUUACUAUUUGGUCAGUAAUAGUGUGUUAUUGAGCUUACCUUGUUGGAUGUCAAAGGACUUACUUUGGUGAAUUGUCAUUGAA